AUGAGAAAACAACAUGGAACUAAUAAUCCAACUGAUGAAAUACAAAUUUGUAAGAUCAGUGAACAGCGGAAAAAGUUACGGAAUAAUACCUUACAAAAUGUGAAUAUUACUGACAAGGAUUGUAUUAUAGAAAAAGUUGAACAACACAGUCGAAUUGCAACAGUUAGAUCAAUUUCCUCUGAUCUUCACCUUGAAUCUGUGAGGUUAAAUGCAAAUUACAGUCAAAAGUCAGAUACAUCAUCUAUGGCAUUAAAUCAACUGGAUUUACAAAAUGAGAGUGAUAUGAGUGAUGAAGAAGACCAAAUAAUAACAGAUCUUCAGUUACGUAUGACACGAUUAGUAACAUCAUGGUAUAAUUUGCACAAGAAAUGGCAUCAAAUAUAUGAACGACUAGAAUUACAACUUAGUAUUAAUGAAUUUGCAAGUGUCGCAGAUUCUUUGGAACAUUGGCUGGUACUUCAUUCAGCAGAAGUGGAAUGUUUAGAUAUGGGUGAUUCUAUCAAGGAAACACAAAUAUUAAUUGAUCGAUUAAAUGUCUUGGAACGGAAUACUUUGCCACAAAUCAGCAGAUAUGAAAAAGUUAAACAACUUACAAAGCUAAAGUCAAAGAUACUUGGAAAUAAGCGUUUGAGUAAUAUCAUGCGACAAGUUUAA